AUAAAAGAGUUCAUUAGAGAAGUAGUACACAUUACUGAAACUGUUGAGUGUGAAUUACACUCACAAGAUCCAGAAACCAUGAAGACUACUGCAUUUCUGUGUCUGUGUUUCGUAAGCUUCAGUUACAGUCUGGCGAUCAGCUCUGUUGAAGAUGUGUAUGAACGUCUGUGGAAGACGAAUACAGACAUCGCCAACAAAACCCUCGGAGUGGACUUCCUGAGACAAAUGGAGAACGGCAGCCUGCAGGCUGAGCGAUACGUCAACUUCACCAUACAGGACAUCAACUAUCUCCUCAAAGUGACCAAGAUGUUGAAGAAAAUGAGUGCAAAAGUAUCUCAACCUUCGGACCUCAAAGACUUCAUGAAAGACAGAUACACAAGUUAUAAAAGUUUUGCAGACUUCAUCCUUAAUCAGUACUUUUUUAAGGGUGAGCCUUCCAUCCAGCAAACUCCAGCUAUGGUGAAGUAUCUGUCAUUCUACAGGAAGCUGAUAUCAGGAGAUCCGUUAUACUUUGCCGUGGGUCUUCUGCCCUGUUCCAGACUCUGGGUGUGGCUGGCAAAUAAUCUAAACAUACCUCCAACCAAUGCAUACUACACCUGGAGAAAGGAGAACAUGAACGGCCACCCUGAGAAGCACUACAAAGCUCUGCUGAACAAGUAUCUCAACACGACUGACAAAGUGAUGUUUGCUAAUAAUGUGUUUCGUACUCAGAUGCAGAAUGAGCAUGAUUUCUUUUUCACUUCUUGAGUGGUUUGUUUGUAGUUUGUGUACAGUACAGAUGUACAGCUUUUUAUUGAAAAAUGUUCCAAACUAAGCAAUAUCAAACUAUUUCCUCUGAUGCAACAGAAAUGAAUAAAAAGAACUGUUCUUUUCAA